AUGUCCACUUGGGUCCAACAUAAUCUCAUAAAGAUUAUGCAUACCGUUUCUCUUCAUGAAUCAUUCAAGAGAUUAGAGGAGUAUUGUGACAAAAUUCUUGAAGAAGAACCUCAUAUGAUUUUCGAAGCUGACGAUUUUUUGUCCCUAAAGGAAUCAGAACUUGUAGAUUUAUUAAACCUCGAUAAUAUAGUAAUGGACGAAAUUGAAAUUUGGGAUUCAAUCAUCAAAUGGGGUACUAUGAAUACUUCGACUUUAGGCAAAAAACAUAUUUCAAAAUGGACGCCCCAAGAUUUUGCAGCUCUAGAAAAGACUCUUCAUCAAUGUAUUCCAUUGAUCCGAUAUAACGACAUCGCCAGCGAUGAUUAUUUUGUAAAAGUAAUUCCCUACCGGAAAAUCCUUCCAAAAGACAUGAAAAUGGAAAUUUUGGGUUAUUAUCUCAAAAACUCAGUUCCACAAUCUGUUAAAAUUUUACCUCCUCGAUCAGGCUCUAAAAUUAUUGACUCUAAACACGUCAAAACGCCAAAUAUAAACAUAUGGGGUGAUCAUAGUUCUGCUAUUCAAUAUUUUAGCGUAGAAGAGUAUGAAGUAUUUAAAGUUUCUCCGUGUCCUGUAUUUCCAUAG